AUGGCAACGACACACGACGUCAGCUACGACGGCGCAUGGGUCGAGUACUUUGACUCGAACGAAGACGUGGCGCUGCCCAAUGGAGACACAUUUCGCGUGUAUCGCACAGGCUCUCAAGGUCCGCACGUGAUCUUACUACACGGUGGGGGUUACACCUCCAUGACUUGGUGUCUCGUGGCGGCCAUGCUGAAGGACACGUGCAGGGUGUACGCCUUUGAUUUGCGCGGUCAUGGCCAGACACACACAAGCGUCGAUGACGACUUGUCCAUCGAUACACUGGUAGAAGACACUCUGCAGAUCGUGGAACAUGUGGUCCCUCCUAUGGCGCCGAAGACGGACGGAAGUGCUGAUGUAGAGAAUCCGCAGACCAUCAUCGUUGGCCACAGUUUGGGCGGUGCACUCGGAGUUCGGGUUGCUGCCACGGGCAAGGUGCCGUCUCUUGUCGGUGUCAUGGUGAUUGAUGUGGUGGAAGGCACGGCAAUGGCGUCGCUAAAGCACAUGGGCGCCAUCCUUGAACGACGUCCAUCGCGCUUUCGCUCGUACAAGGAUGCGGUCGAUUGGGCAUUGCGUAGCGGCACUGUGCAUAAUGCUGAAGCUGUCGAAGUCUCCAUUCCGUCGCAGCUCAAGCGACUUGAAGACGGCACGCUGGUAUGGAGGACAGAUCUGGCCUGCAGUGCAAAGCACUGGAAUGGCUGGUUUACUGGUCUCUCGAAGCAGUUCCUGUCGCUAAAGGAAGCCAAGGUGUUGGUGUUGGCAGGCUCCGACCGUCUGGACACGGAGCUUAUGCGCGGCCAAAUGAUGGGCAAAUUCGAGAUGAGAUUGGUGUAUUCGUCGGGGCACGCGAUACAGGAAGAUUGUCCACACGAGGUGGCGAAGUUCAUCACGGAUUUGUGCGGCCGCUGUGCGCGCGUGAAAAGCGGAAUUGUAUGUAGACUUGAUCGAGCAUCAGCUGAACCAGCGAAGGGCUCGUUUCUGGCGGAACGCCUUCAGAAAGCGCGUGCGAUGAUACCAGAAGACGGCGUCCGUAGUGCUGAAGACAACCACAGCAAGCUCUCGUAA